UUUUUUUUUUUUUGUGAAUACUUUAAUAAUGGCUUGUAAAGAACUUGGUAUUCCAACUGGUGUUGUCACUGGAGAAAAUGUUCGUAAAUUGUUAAAUUACGCUAGCGAUAAAGGUUUUGCUAUUCCAGCAGUGAAUUGUACUUCUUCUUCAACAGUUAAUGCAGCUUUGGAAGCUGCUCGUGAUAUCAAAGCACCACUUAUUAUCCAACUUUCUCAAGGUGGUUCGGCUUAUUAUGCUGGUAAAGGUUUAAGUAACGACGGACAACGAGCUAGUAUUAUCGGAGCUGUUGCCGCUGCCCAUCACGUUAGACUUGUCGCAAAAGAGUACGGGAUCCCAGUUAUCCUGCAUUCUGAUCAUUGUGCCAAGAAACUUUUACCUUGGUUUGACGGAAUGCUAGAAGCCGAUGAAGAAUAUUUUAAAAAACAUGGAGAACCACUUUUCAGUUCGCAUAUGUUGGAUCUUUCGGAAGAGCCGAAAGAUGAUAAUAUCGCAAUCUGUAAAAAAUAUCUUGAACGUAUGUCAAAAAUCAAUCUAUUAUUAGAAAUGGAAAUUGGUAUUACAGGAGGAGAAGAAGAUGGUGUUGAUAAUACGGGAGUUGAUAAUGCAUCAUUAUAUACACAACCUGAAGACAUUUGGGAUGUUUAUCGUGAAUUGAGUAAAGUUUCUGAUAUGUUUACUAUUGCUGCUGCAUUUGGCAAUGUUCAUGGAGUUUAUAAGCCUGGAAAUGUUAAACUUUCUCCUCAUUUACUUAAAAAGCAUCAAGAGUAUGUUAAAAAACAACUCAGUAGUAAAACCGAUAAACCUAUUUGGUUUGUUUUUCAUGGUGGUAGCGGUUCUGUUAAAGAUGAAAUUAAAGAAGCUGUUAGUUAUGGUGUUAUCAAAAUGAAUGUUGAUACUGAUACUCAAUGGGCUUAUUGGGAAGGUAUUAAAAAUUAUUAUGAGGGUAAAAAAGGUUAUCUCCAAUCUCAAGUUGGCAAUCCUGAAGGUGAAGAUAAACCAAACAAAAAAUAUUAUGAUCCUCGUGUUUUUAUUCGUGAAGCUGAAAAAACUAUGACUAAACGUGUUCAAGAAGCUUGUCGUGAUUUAGGAAACGUUGAUCGUUUGUGAUCAUAAGGACCUUCAAUAUUUAUUAUGUCGAGAAGAAAUAUUUAAUAUAGUUUAUAUGUUCUUAUUUUGAUUAAUUUGCUACUUUUCUUAAGAAAUGAAACCUAAUAAAAUUAUUUGUCAAUUUGAACUUUUUUUUAUAAGUAAAAACUAAAUAUUAUUUUUAAUACCGUAUUUGA